AUGAAAUGAUUCGUCACCCAAAGAAACAUCUGCAACUUCACCACCACCGGACCAGUCUCUCUCUCCUCUCUCAAUCUCUCUCUUCUACCUCAUCGCGCGACGAAUCAAUCAAUCAAUCAUGACUGAACAACAACAAGACCUCAUCGACCAAUCACCACCACCUUCAGCACCCGACCCUGAACCAAACCCGAACCACCCCAAUCCGAAUUCAGUUAUCCAUCCGCGACGUGUGUCUUUCGAGCACGGCCUCCUCCCGAUCCAGAAACUCGUUUUCACCGACCCGAUCCAAACCCUAGCUCCCGUCAAGCAGAAGCUAGCCGAUGCCGCUUCUAAUAACCGCGUUGGAUCGGCUGCAAUCGCCGACGUUCUCCAGAUCUCCGGCGACCAUGCGCGUCUCGUUCUCGAGACUCUUGGUUCCGUUCUUCAUUCCGAGUCCGACCCUCUGGUUAAGGCCAAACCUGAGGAAGUUGAUUCCGUCGGAGCUGAUUUGCGGGAUCUAAUUUUGUUUCUGUACAUUCAAUCGUAUAAGAAGUUGCUUCCUAGGACGCACAAGGACUCCGCUGCCGUGGCUGAUGUGUGGCCUUCCACUUCAGCUUUUGAUGGAUACUUGUCUGCGUUAUCGCCAAUUCAGCUUGUUCGGAGCAACAGCCGUCGGUUUAUGCCAUCACAAGCUGAUGAUGAAGCUCAUCAAUUGUCAUAUCUGCAAAAACAUUUAGCAAACAUCAUUUCUCUUCUUGCAGAGCCUGUUGAGGGAGAAGGAGAUGAAUCAUUGGUUCUCUCUAUGGAGGCUUUUGAGCACCUGGGCUUUCUUGUUCAGUUUGGUGAUAAGGGAUCUGAUGUAUCUCCAGAUGCUCCGAACAAGGUUGCACCUAGUACUAGAGGCCCGUGUUUAAUCGAAGGAGUCUCCAAGGCUUCACUUGUUAAGCAGGCCUCCGAUCUAAGGGGUAGAUCUGUGAAGGUUGUCAAUUGCCACGAUUCUGUAAUUUACCUUUUAGCACCAUUGCGAUAUGCUACUGUGCACGGAUGUUCUGAUACCACUAUAGUUCUGGGAGCUGUUGGCAAGGCACUAAAAGUUGAGCACUGUGAAAGAGUCCAUGUGAUUGCAGCUGCCAAACGAGUGUGCAUCGCCAAUUGUCGUGAAUGUGUAUUCUUCUUGGGAGUCAAUCAGCGACCACUUAUAGUUGGUGAUAACCACAAACUACAGGUUGCUCCGUAUAAUACAUUUUACUCUCAUUUGGAGGGGCACAUGAGUGAGGUGGGGGUUGAGCCAACUAUCAACAAAUGGGACAAACCGUUGGCACUGGGAGCAGUGGAUCCACAUGACUCACUGUCACAUCCUGCUGGUGUCGCUGAUGCACAGGCUGAAUCAGCUGCUUCUGUAGACCCUGACCAGUUUGUCAACUUUUUGAUCCCAAACUGGUUUAGCGGCGAGGAUAUUGGUUCGACAAAAGACAAUCCAUUUCCAUUGCCAGAUGCUUAUAUGGCAGCUCAGCAGAGAAACCUUAAGAACUUCGAAGAAACAAGACGGUCGCUAAAUGAAGCACCUCUGGAAGAAAACCGGAAACGAGAGGUAUCAAGUGCACUCCAUGUGUAUUUUAAAGACUGGCUCUACGCAUCUGGAAAUAUAAGGCAACUCUAUUGCCUACAAGGUGACUAAUAUUGAAUAUAUAGACCAAGUGGAAUAUGUCUCGUUCGUUCCUGUAGAGCUCCCUCGAUCAUAUUUGGCAUAUUGCUAGUGAAGAAUCCCUCCCAAGACAAAAAAAAAGAAGAAGAAAAAAAGAGAAACCAGCCUGAUUUGUAGUUUGGAACCAAUACGCACCACGUAACUUAUCUGCACAGAAUACUUCCUUUAAGCUUUCCUUUAGAUUAUUAUUAUUUUUCUGCUUUGGUCAUGUUUAAUUUUUGUUUCUUUUGACAUUUCCAAUCCCUCGUUUUUGAAAAAUCUCAUCUUCAGAUAGAGCAUGAUGAUUUGAAUUGUUAUAAGUUAUAACUUGUAAGCAAAACUUUUUUUUGAAAUA